AUGUUGAUCGCUUGUUUGAAGGAAGGCGUCGGUUACAUAAGAGUGUGUCCGAUCGUGCAAACGAGAUACUUUGCCAUUGUGAUAUCGUGCAUUCUUCAUUUGGUCGUUCGCAUCACAGUGUUCAUAGACCAGUCGAAGGAUAACAAUGCGGAGACCUCAAGCUUAGCCACCUAUAUUGUUUAUCUAUCGAUGAUGGAUCUUAUAUACUCGGAUGAAUUAAUCCCCUUUGACUGUAGCCAAUUGUCGAUCUUAGCCAAGUUCAUCGUGGAGCUCUUGCUGACUGUGUUUAUGGGCGAAGUUUGUCUCAUUGCCUUCUGGUCCAACAUAGAGAUGAUCACCCUAAGCCUUCUCAAUAGCCACAUUGAUACAGAUGACCAAACGCUCCAGGCCAUCCACAGUUAUCUACUUAUAGCACUAAGUUUGUUUAUCUCUUGGAUUGUGAGCCUCGAAACUAAUCGCAUGGAAAAGUUGUGUAGUCUUUUUGAAUUUGCCAAACAGAUUAAAGUCGAAAGCCAUCAGAAGGGCAGUGCUCGCUUGCACUAA